GUCUUCGACCAGGUUCCGUCAACGUCGACAGCUUCUGCCUGCCGCCCGGCUAUUACAAGAGGCGUAAUAUUCUGCUUUGGGUCGCCUAGAUUCCCGACGCAGCCUCCAGUACCGCCUAUCUAUAGUUCCGCCCACGCACCGACCCACAAACAGUGCAACCCGGUCGAUAAUCAGGACCCAGCACUCAGGUCGUGCAGUCACUUCACCACGCCCCCAAAUUCACACGGGCGCCACACGGCAUUCUACACGCAUCGUUCGUCGGGCGUCAAUGGUCACAUAAGCUGCCCAACUGCCUCAGCUUCUCCACACAACAAACGUCCCUCCACAAGACAACCUCGACCGCGCUUUGACAGCCCGCAACAACGGAGCCACUUCUCGACCUUUGCCACCCGCGAACCACCAAAACCCCAGCCUCGCACCUGUACACACUUAUUUCGGCAUCAAUUCACGACUGCCCGCCAUGGACGAAGAAGCAGUGCUCAACUUCGUCGCCAUCACCGACUGCGACACCAACAAGGCGGCCCAGUACCUGCGCUUGACAGAUGGCAACCUCGAGCAGGCCAUACAACUCUUCUUCGACAGCCCCAAUCUCGAUUUUGGCGGCCCGCCUGCAGCUUCGGCUCCCGCGCCAAAUGCCACCUCGUCCACACAAAAUCCUAUCAACCUCGAUUCAGACGAUGACAUGUCCGACUUCGACCCCGCUGCUCAUACAAAUCCACCAGCACAGACUGGGGCGAUUGAGGACGACGAAGCCAUGGCACGGCGACUCCAGGAAGAGAUGUACGGCGCAGGUGGAGGUGGCGGUCAGGACGAAGUUCGUGCGCCUAUUGAGCGCCGAUCAGAGACUCUGAUCGGCCCAGGCUCGAAUUGGGGAUCGACCGAUGCAGACGACGUCGAUGCCAUGGUUCAGGAGCAGCUCGCUCGCCGCCGAGCAGGCCGUGCCGGCAUCUUCAACCAGCGAACAGGCCAGUCCUCCGUCUGGGACAGCACCGCAGACUCGAGCGCCCGGCGCCGCGAACUGGCUACCGCGACAGGUGGUGCUUCGGAACAAUCGUCAAAGAUGAGCAUGUUGGCAGAGCUGUUCCGACCUCCCUUCGAGCUCAUGUACCAAGGCUCAUGGGAGAAGGCACGCGACAUGGGGAAGGAGCAGGAGAAAUGGCUCAUCGUCAACAUUCAAGAUCCAGCAAUCUUUGACUGCCAGCUCCUGAAUAGGGAUAUCUGGAGGAACGACGAGAUCAAGGCAACCGUGCGAGAAAACUUCAUCUUUAUGCAGUACGCCAAGGACGAUCCACGGGGCGAGCAGUACGUCAACUACUACUUCCAUGCCCGAGACAGCAUGGAUGCAUACCCGCACAUUGCCAUUGUGGAUCCCCGGACCGGCGAGCAGGUAAAGGUGUGGUCUGGCCCACCACUUCCAAAGCCAGUCGAAUUCCAUGCUCAGCUGCAUGAGUUUCUCGACCGCUACAGUCUCAACGUCAAUGUUAAGAACCCAGUUGCGAAGCGAAAGGCCGAGAGCAAGAAGACGGAUGUAGGUCGCAUGACAGAGGAGCAGAUGCUCGAGAUGGCGCUGCAGAACAGCAUGGAGAACGACAACCAAGGCCCGAAAGACGACGACCCAGACGCUCUCACAAAAGAUGACGGAAAGGGCAAAGCCAAGGCAAAAGAGGCCACCCCGGCACCCGAGACGGAGCCAGAAGAUGAAGCCAACGACUCUUCAAAUCCUGUCUUCGCACAAAUAUCCUCGCACAACCCGCACGUUGAGCCCACAAUCACCGACCCCAAGAUCACAACCCGCAUCCAAUUCCGAGGACCCUCUGGCCGUCCCAUCGUCCGGCGGUUCAACCUCUCCGACCACGUCCGACGGAUCUACGAGUGGAUCAAGUCCGACUACCCGUGGGAAGGCAAGGAGGGCGCAGAGUUCGACCUGGCCUUUAUGGGCAAGAAUCUCAUUGAGAAUCUGGACGUGAACGUUGAGCAGGCUGGGCUCAAGGGCGCAAGCGUCAUGGUCGAGUUCACAGAGUAAAAGACUGACAACGAAGCAAUUGUCCAUCUGGCGUUCACGGAUAUGGAUAUGGAUUCAUGAAAGGGGCGGGUUAUACUCAAGUUACGACUCAUGCGGCGAAGGGCCAGGUAAUGUAUUCGAGUACAUAUGACGCAUCGAACAAAUGGCAUAUGAAUGGGGAUUUGGGGUUUCGGGGUUAGAGUGAGUGAGUGCAUAGAAGCCUCUCGUCAGGCAAUCAUUUGUCUGCUAAUACCCUUGCAUUCUCUGGGGGGAUUCAGGCUUGUUUUCCCAUUGAUAAUCAGACUAAAGAUUAUGUAUGUGUGUGAGUGUGUGUGGUGGAAGCACACGCAUUUUUUUAUAUUUAUGACAUGUAGAAAUUGUAGGCUUUGUAUACUCACUCUGC